AUGUCUCGAUCCAACGACGCCGGCCACUUCUUCCAAACCUCCGAAGCCCUCGCCACGACCGAACGAAAAGCCGCCAAGUCCAAAAACAAGCAUGGCAACCCAAUCAAACUGCCCUCCAAAAUCCUCGCCGUAUGCGACGAUCGACAAGGAGGCGUGUACACCGCCGAAGCAGCAGGUGAAGUUAAGCGUGUAGCGUUAGAUACAGGCAAACUUGAACGCAUCUUCACCCAAGGAACCGCGCCCUUAACCUGCGUCGCCAUCGGCCCCGACAACAAGACGAUCUACACCGGCUCCUGGGACAAAACCAUCUACGCCAUCUGCCCUUCCGCCUCCCCUUCCAUCCAAACCCUCACCUCCCACACCGACUUCAUCAAAUGCCUCCUCCCGGUGACCCUCUCCUCCACCCCCCUCCUCCUCUCCGGCAGCGCCGACGCCACCAUCAUCCUCUGGAACCUCACCACCUCCAAACCCCUCCACAAACUCAAAGGCCACACCAAAGCGCUCCAGAACCUCGCCAUCGACCCGGAGAGCCUCACCGCCGACUCCUUCACGCUCUUCAGCGCCUCCUCGGACCGCGAGAUCCGGAGGUGGUAUAUCUCGCUCGAGAAAGCAUAUGAAUUGGAGGGGGAGGAGCCGAUCCUCGCGCAUGAGACGAGUGUUUAUGCGCUGCGCUUCGAUGGGGAUGGGGAUCUCUGGACUGCGUCGGCGGAUAAGACUGCUAAACACCUGAUCCGCUCGCGAGGCUGGGAAGCCGAUACGACGCUGCAACACCCGGAUUUCGUCCGCGACGUGCUACCCUUCGAGGACCUCGGGCUGGUCGUGACGGCGUGCAGGGAUGAGGAGGUGAGGGUGUGGGAGAUGAGCAGCGGGGCGUUGGUGUGUACGUACAGUGGGCAUUUCGAGGAGAUUACGGGGUUGGCGAGCCGGGGCGGGAGGAGAGAGGUGGUGAGUGUGAGUAUUGAUGGGACGGUGCGGGUGUGGAGUUUGGAGAGGGGGGAGAUGGAGAAGUAUCUGGAGGAGGUGGCGAGGGGGAAUAAGGCGGGAGAUGAGGGGGAGAAGAAGGAGGGUUUGCUUACGGCUGAGGAGGAGGCUGAGUUGGCAGAGUUGAUGGAAGAUGAUGAUUGA